CUCAACGGACAACGACACCACAGCAGUUCCAAGCCCACAAUCUUCUGAAUUUCGGUUCAGGGCGGUAAUGACUGUUCGUCUCCAAUAAAUGGCCCGGUAGUAUUCAACCUGCCUACGGGCUUCAGCAUUCAACAAUGUCAGCCUCAUCCUCCGCAGCCUCGAGCACCCUCACCAGAUCCAGACUCGCGGUCAUCGGAUUUGCUUCUGUAGCAACAGCUUUCACGGCAUACUGGUUUUAUCGGAGUCUGGUAGAAGAAGAAGAGAAGGGACAUGGCUCAACGUUACAUCGAAGCAAUGCAGUCCACAGAAGACGAAGGCGAGCCGCCACUGCGAACGACAUUACGCCGACCCUCAUAGAUGGCAGCGGAAUCUUCGUCGACGACGCUGUUGAGAAUGAUGGAGAAGGGCAUAUUGUUGCUAGAACGUUGACGGAUGGAGAGACUGUGGUAGAUGAUCAGGCUUUUGCGGAGGAGUAUGGUUGGACCAACAUGCCACAGUCCUAUCAACGCAACGGCCAGAAUAUCGUCCAACUCUUAUUUCGAGUCUCGGAGGAUGCUACAAGACGAAAUGCGUAUGUUCAUAGAGGAUGUGCUUGUAAUAGCUGCAAUAUGCUCCCCAUUAGAGGAGUUCGAUACCGAUGUGCGAAUUGCGCCGACUACGACCUCUGCGAGAACUGCGAAUCUCAAGGCUUACACACCAAGACACAUAUAUUUUACAAGAUUAAGGUUCCGGCAAUAUCAUUUGGUCCAAGGCACAUACAGCCGGUCUGGUAUUCGGGGGAUCCAGAGUCUGUGAUGAGAGUGUUGCCAAAGGAGAUCACUACGAAGCUUUCGAGGGAAACAGGGUUCGAGAGACCUGAGUUGGACGCAUACUGGGAGCAAUGGACAUUCAUGGCAAACACGGAUUGGAGGGACGAUCCGGAUGAUAUCAAUCUUGCUAUGGAUCGGAGGACCUUUGAGCGAUGUCUCGUACCUCUCGGAGGCUACAGACAUUCGGCACCCAGCCUGAUAUUUGACCGCAUGUUUGCUUUCUACGAUACCAACAAGGACGAUUUAAUAGGCUUCCCAGAGUUUCUUCACGGUGUGGCAUAUCGAAAGAAAAAGGAUAAAUGGAGGAAGAUAUUUGACGGGUAUGACAUUGACGCAGAUGGGUACGUGGAUAGGAAAGACUUUCUUCGGAUGUUCCGUUCAUACUACGUUCUCCAUCGGCAGAUACACCGGGAUAUGAUUGAAGGUGCAGAAGAACAGCAGAUGAGCAGUACAGAAGCUCAUCGGCUGAUAAGUGGACGACAGCCCCUCAGCAGUGCUUUUGGUCAAGAUGGAAGAUACCCCAGAGCUCCCGAUCCUCGUACGGGCGAGGGCAAGAGUGCUCGAGUCAAUGGAGAUCUGCAAAUCAUAGAUGGCAAGGGCAUCAUGAAUGAAAGCAGCAAUGACACGGGAAACAGAGAGGACGUAUUCAAAAGGGAUGUGCCUCGAUCUUAUCGCAGUCAUUGGCAUGGAGAUGGGGACAGAACCGGCGCUGGGUACUGGGAAACCAUUAUCAAUCCUCCACAGACGGUUGAGCAAAUGCCAGCCGUCCUCCGACAUCUGCAACGAAUUCGUGGUCAAGUAGCAGAGGCUUUGGGCGACGAGCCAGACUUGGAGUCCGAGAACUUUCCCCUGGACCCGCUUCGGGAGCAGCCCAGCGGAGAUGACGACGAGGGCAACAAUUCCGAUAGUAGUCUUUCAAAUCCAGAAGCUGACCGGAAUUGGCCUCCGUCUUUUGUCAGAGUCACGGAUGAGGAUGCAGAGGCAAUUGAUGGACCCGGUACUACGGUUGAGAACGUAAGGAAAGAGAGUAGACGGGCAGUCAUCCAGCAGGCGAUGUUCCGGAAACAGACUCAGGAAGACGUGCAUGACCGGUGGCAAAGAAGGCAGUUCUACACCGACGAGGAAGAAGGCGCAAUCCCCCCAGCUAACUGGAAAGAUGAGGACGACAUCCUGGCUCAGUCUGGCAUGGCUGGAGAGAGUUCCAAAGCUCCUUCCAGACCGACUAUUCACUCAAGAUCUUCAUCAAGAGUACGAUUCGCUGAAGAUAUGGACGACUUCGAUACACAAUCGAACAUAUCAAAUUCCUCUAGAAGCGUGCCUGAGCGAUGGGGAGGCAUGGAAAUCCCAGAUGCAGAGAGGGAUGCCGGAAAAGAGAUCCUUUACCAAGUCACCCAGCAGGCUUUCAAUGAACUGCUCGACCCAUUGUUUAAGGACAAAGAAGACAUGGCUAUAGAGGCGGCUUCGACAAAAGCAGAAAGAGAGAAGUGGGGGUAUUUAUACAUGACUCCAGAGUUUGAGAAAUGGGCUCAGGAAAAGGAAGCUCAGGAUGCAAAACCAAGACAAUCAAAGACAAUAACACUUCCUAAUCCUCUCGCCAGGCCACCUCCACCAUCAUCAAACCGGGAAUGGCCACAAUUCCGUGAAGUGGAAAUUGAGCAAGUACGGGAACGACCUUUAGAAGAAUUGUUAGCUGCAACUGGCUACGAAGUUGACGAGUCACUUGCACGUCAAGAUGAUGAUGAUCAUGGAAGCGUGUCUGACUUCGCAAGUAUACCAGACACAACUCCUCCGAACACACAGCGAUCAAACUUAGAAGCACCCGCAUCGGACUCCGCAUCGGUUUCCAAUCCGAGACCACAACAAGCCCAGUCUUCACCUACAUCAACCGAGCUCCUUUCCGUGGUAGCAGAAUACGGUGACGGUCAGGAUACCCACACGUCACCAUCCACACCUCCCCGCUCUACACCCCCCGAGUCCGAGACAUCCUCUCUCUCCUACCGCGACCCAACACUUCCUCAAUUUCGACCCGACGCUGAGAUUCCCUAUGAUCCAACUUCCGCCCGCCGCCCGACAACGGACUUCAUCCCUCUCCUGAAAGAAGAACACGAAGCACGACAGCAGCGCAGUCAGGAGGACAAUGCCGCAGACGCCGAUAUCCUCGACAUGGACCUCUCACCUCCGGCGGCGCUCAACGGCUCGGCCUCAGCUCCAACCUCAGCUCAAGAGUUCAUGAAGACGGGCAAGAAGCCGAGAAAGGAGACGCUCUUCCAGUUAUGGAAGAUUGAGAGGGCGGUCAAGGAGGCAGAGGAGAAUGGUGGGUGGGGGAGGUUGGGGUUUGCGGACUUUGAGAGGAGGGUUAAGAGGGCUGUGGGGGAGGGGAAGGGGAGCCAGAUGGAUUAUUUGGGGAGUUGGAUUGAUUUCUGUAUUCCCUGAUUCGGUUGGGGUUUGUUUGAAGAGUGAUGGGUAUGAUUGGUCUGGUGUUGAAAGGAAGAGAUGGAAGGGAGGAGGGACGUGUACAGUAUUAUCUGUUAUGUGUUAGUGUAGCAUAGAGUCGGGUUCUUAGUAGAAAAGUGUUACUGCAUAUCCAAAUCCUUUUGAUGA